UUAUCAAAACAAUGAUGCUGGUUAUCGGUCGCAUUGCUAGAAACAAUAGACUCGACAGGGUUGUGCAUACAGAGUAUUUCUACAGCACCAAGGAAUAAACGAGAAACAACCCGUGUUGAUUUGAAUUAAUCGGAUGAUACUUAAUGAACAACGCAUGUUCACAUCAGGUCUAAAUAAAUGUCGCUUAUGUAGAAAGAUUCAAUAAGCUUACAAUUAAACAAAUCUUAUCUGGAAGAACCACAACACAGAGGCCUAAAAAGUGUGUGUUUUAGUUCGGAUGUGCGUCUGUGCAAGGAGAAGAAAGGAAACAAAUUGACUGCCUGCUGCUGUCGACGAACCCCACAACUACUAGUGACCAAAUUGAGGAAAAUCUAACGCCGUCAUGUGCAAUAGGUGCAGUAGGUUAUCCUUGAGCAACGAAAACAUUAUCAGGACCUAUGACGUAGUAGGAUUACCCGAGACAGCUUAUCAACAAGGAGAAACCGAUUCCCAACUAACGUUUGAACGACACAGUUUUAUUUUUGUCACUAAUAUGCAUGUACCUGUGUUCGUGCAUUACCAGUGGGACGUAUUAGUAUAAAACGGUGCUUAUGUGAAUAUAAUUAUUGAACACGGAGGAUAUCGAAUCAGCAGCAUUGGGUGUUUACAAAUAAAUAAUUCUAAUUUUUAUUCGUCAUCGCCACCGAUCAGCCGCUUGUAGCUUCGUAGCCAUUGUCAUUUUGGGAAACCGGAUGGCAAAAAGAGAGCAGACGAACAAAGACCAAGUGAACGCGUUGUAACGCUGAUACAUCUAUUGCAAUAGUGAUCGUCUGGAGGAGUAAGCGAAUAAAAAUUGGUCAAUAAGAGCAGGAAAGUACCUUCACAGCUGACGGUCGCCUACCCAACACCACAAUAGCAACGAUACAAGAGGAAAAGUGAACCUGUAAAUAUACAAACACAUUCGUGUGUUUCUCAAUGACUGUUCUGUAUAUAUAGUGAUAAUGUGAGACUUAGCCAAAAGAAAGGAAAGAAAACUUAGGUUCACCAACAACAAAAACAUAGAAAGAAUAAGAUAGCACCGAGGGCUCCGUCGUCGUCUCCCUUUACAUCAAUUAGAUUUGCUUUCUUCGCUGCUGGCUGCUACGCGUCUUGCCAGUUGAGAGAUAACUGGUUAAUGCUUCACUUGCUAUAGAACCUUAAAGUUUAUCUCCCUUUAUCUGGAAACGACUGAACCCAUGAAUCGAUGAGCCCCAGUUCGGUCCACUAACGAGCGGAGUAACCUGCCCCUUGACGAUACUUUUUGUAGUUGAAACCAUUCCGCGGGCGAAGCGCAAGCCAAUCGUAAUAAAUGCCUCAAUACGUUCAGUGGUAGCCGUUGCUUUUUUGGACUGAUUUGUGCCACCUCUGGAAAAAAGAGUGAAAAACUAAGCCGCAACCAUGCUGUACGUUUUUCACGUCGAUACCGGCCGGAUGCUCAACUUUGAGAUGAGCAAGGCUUUGGAAAACGUUCGUUCCCUUAAGGAAACUAUAGAACGGCACUAUGGUAUUCCGAGCAUCAGCGUAGUCCUGCUGGUCAGCGGCGGUGAAAUGCUGUUGGACAGCAAUCGAGUGUGUAACUACACGGCCGGUACAGAUACCAAUCCGAUCUACAUGUUCAGCACCUGCCUGUUGGAUGUCAAGAAUCAACCUCCUCCGUGGCCUAGUAUAGAGACUGAGAACGACCUGAAAGCUCAGGUGGAUAGGUGCCUUGAGCUGCCAGCCACGUAUGGUACGGUUGUGACGCGGGCUACGUUGGCCCAAAAAAUCUACGAAAUGGCCAAAGAAGAGGCUAAAACCUGUGAAACGCUGGUCCAUGAACAGCACCUUCAGCAACAGGGUUGGGCGGCUGUCGUUGCCAACAUGGAAGACGUGGUGAACGAGUUUCAGGAAAGAGUCGCCGACUUCUACCGACGAUACGAGGAGCACCGGCAGCGGUACAAGGAACACGUCGAUAUUCUAUCUUCGUUCGAUAAAGAUUUGAAGCAACUGUCGGAGAUUCCGAUCCUGUCCAGUCUGAUGGAAAAUGCGGACUCGCGCCCAUUUGGAGUAUUCGAUGAAGUGUAUGCUGAUGCCUGUAAUGCGGCUACUAGCACAUCAUCGGGUAGUGCUAAGCUGAGCGGCAACGAGUCAACAAGUACGGGAAGUGAAAAUAUACCUCCCAGCGAAGAAAAUGUCGUUGAAAAAUCAGAUGGAGCCUGUGCGGUGGCCACUACUAACGAAACAAAUAUAUCCGAGAACGAAAAGAAAAUAGGAAUUUCCCUAUUGGAUUGGAUUUCAGCUGACAAAGGGCAGAGUGCACUGAAACGUAUGGCCAGCGAAUGCCUUCGCGGUCUGGGGCAGUUUGAGAACACCGCCAUGCAGAAUCUGAAAGAAAGUGUUGACAAGGCUGUUGAGCUGUCCCAGAGGGAGGACAUGAAGGAAAUUAAAGGCCUAGAAAGACGACUGUGUGACUUGGAGCGGAAGAUGUUCGAAGCCAGGAAGCUUGUCCAGGAUCAAAAUGAGCUGGCGCAGUCAUUCCAGCAGAAUCAGAACCGCGCUAGCACGCUGGGUGAUACGUCAAUACUACCGGACCUAUGCGCUUCACAUCGGAGCCAGCUGCUGGUGAUGCUGAAAAAUCAGAAAGAACUGCACGAGAUUCGACGGCAGUGUUCCAAAUCAAAAGACGAAUUGGGCAACAAUCUGUUUCUCCGGUUGAGUCGAUUCAUAAUACCCGUGGAGACUAAGGUGUAUGAAAUUGACAACAGUCUGUUAUUCUACCACACUUGUCUGAAGCGCCUGCAGAAACAUUUGGGAAUAAUAGAACAAAUUCAUAUGGCGCCCAGCAUGUACGUUAGUGCCGUCACGGAAGUGGUCCGUCGAAGAAUGUUUUCCAGUUCGUUCCUACGAUGGGCUUCCGAUUUAGCUUGCCGCCUAAUGACAAUAUACAACGAAGAGGUCAUGCGACGGCACGAAUUUUCCUCUCAGUUCGAGGGCCACUUUCUUAGUACGCUGUUUCCCGGAAUGGACGACAUGCCUCCGACCUACGCAAUACAGGCGCCAUCGAUUUUCGAUUCUAGUCUACCGGCUUUGAACAAGCAUGAUCUACAAGAGCUCUCGCGGUUCCUACCCCAGCUAACGGAAAAGAUCCAACUACCGAAUAUAGAUUCUGUGAUAGAUUUCUUUUCAUCUAGAUCGGUGGAUGGAACUCAAAGUAAGAGCAGCGGGCUGCAAGAGUUCCGAGCGGAAAUGGGAGAGGCUGUAAGCGCCUCUGGGAGAUCGAUCAACGAUGAGAAAACUUCGGAUUCAGCUAACAAUGCACAAUUACAAACGAAAGAGGGCUGCGAAUCUGAAACUGACACGGAGGAGUUUGAAAAAGUCGGUCAAAGCCCGGUCGAUCGCCGUCGAAAGUUACGCCCAAAGGUGGAAACGUGCAGUUUGGCCACAUCGACCGAACAAGUGCUGCUCACGAGCGCAGGAACACUGACAGAGGAAAACCUCGGUACCACCCGGCUGGAGGUCGAGAAGCUCAAAUCCAUCCUGCGUAAUGUGUACCAACUGUCUCAGUCUUCGAUCUCAUUUUUACGAGAGCAGCUAGCGGCUCUCAAGUCGGAAAAUGUUGCCCGCCAAGCCGAUUUCCGCAGUAAACUAGAGGCAAUCAACAAGUGCUGGACUGUUAUACAGGAGGAAACCCGUAACCGCGAGCGGGAGACGAUCCAACGGCUCACCGUGGAUCACGAGCUGGAGAUGAACGAUCUGCGAAAGAGCAUCCACCUAAAGGACGAUGAAAUUCAGUCCCUUCGAUCGGAUAAUGCAAUGAUGAAGGCAAGCCACAUUGACACGGUAUCUAAGUAUGAAUGCGAGAAAAAGGAACUGAACGAGAAGAUUGACGAAAUGAAGGAAGUCGUUAGUAGACUGGAAAAGCAAUUGGCCGAUGUCGACGUGGAUAAAAUGAAGGCAAUUCAAGAAGCCGUGGAACAACUGGAGCAUAAGCACAAAACUGAAAUCGAAUCGCUACGGUGUAGAUACAAGCUAAUGACAAGCAUGGAUAGAUCGCCUUCGGAUACCAGCUUGGAAAAGAUUGAGAAGCCAGACAUGAUCGAUAUUGCGAGUCAUGAGCAACUGCUGGCACAGGCUAAGGAGGAUUUUAAUCGGGAAAAGGAACGUGCAAUUAAAGCAGCAAUCUAUGAGGAAAGGCAACGAUGGGAGUCUGUACAAACUUUGAGACCACAAUCGCAGCGUUCACUGGCCAAUUCACCCGGGACGCCAACGGGGAGCAGCGACAUCUAUAAGAGAAUCCUAGAGGAAAAAGAACGACAGUUGGAUGAGCUGCGGGAUAAGGAGGUACUUUUGCUGAAAGAAAACCAACGGUACAAGGAAACCAUUCAAUCACUGACGGAUCCGGAGCUGUGCUCCACUCAAACGAAUUUUAAAGAGCGGAUCGAGUCACUCGAACGGGACAAGCAACAGUUGACUAAAGAGCUGGAAAGACUGCACAACAGGCCGCUUGCCAGUGGUGGUGUUUCGGUUCAGUCUUGUUCUAAAGGAGAUACUGUGCUGUUUGUCUUCAAUGGCACAUACGAUCAGUACACAAUCGUGCAGAAUGCGCCGGUGCUGUAUUUUCUUCAUGCCGAUAGUUAUGCGGCGUUUAACCUUUCGCAGCUAGUACCGGGCAAGGUGCCAAAGAUAAUCCACUGCAUGGGCACCGUGCUGGAUAAAGAAUACUGCCAUGCGCGUAAGGAUGAGAACCGAUACAAGGUGUCCCGAGGCACACGGUUCUACCGGGUGAAAGUCAAACCGAUGCCAAGUAGCAGUAGCAGUGGAACUAGUACCAGCAGCAGUACAUCGAAAAGUGUCGAUCCGGAUAAGCACUCCCACAAGAAGGAAAGAAGUAAAAUGUCAGAACUGAGUCGCUCUUCGUCGACGAUUACCGAUCAAAGCAUGACAGCUGGGACUCCUGGGCUUCUGAUCGAUUCGUUCGCACAAACCGAACAGAUAAUCUCCCCUUUGAUGGAAGAUUCGGCAAUCCAGAGUAGCACUAGUCGAGAUAUGAUCGAUUCCGGUGUGGUGGAACAGCAGAAAAGUACCUACAAAGAACGCAACAUCAGCGUGACUGACGAAGAGGACAUCGUGUACAGUGUGAGUGGCAGUGUGGACGAAGGAGAUCAGCAACAACACCAACUUCGCUUUCAAAGUGUCUGUGAGGAGGAGCAUGAUGAUCCAGCUGAACAACAGGACAGCAGCAAUAGUAAUACGACGGUGACGACGGUAUGGUACAAUCCAUUCCCGAUAAUCACUGAAGCAGUCGAUGUAGUUGAUGGUGCCAUGAUGAUCGCAAGUACUCUCAGCACUAGUACCGGUAGCAUCGUUGUAGAUACACCCACCGCCGCCUCCAUUGGAUCGACCAAUACUGGUUCCAUCGGUACACUCAUUGAUGAAAUCAAUACAGCAGCAAUGGCUACACUGACGGUAGCUUCCGGUGAUCCACUGUCGGACGACGUGAGCGACUCGGCUGAUUCAGAGUACCGUUCCCUCGAGACCAAGGACGAUGAUAGUGAUCUGCUCAACUAUUGCACUGAGUAGAAUGAGUGCGCUUGGCUAACAUAGGCAUAGGAAUGUUUUCGAAAUGAUUAGUUCGCGUGAUAUCGUAUGUGUAAUUUGUUGCUAAGAGUUCAAGAUUUACUAAUUGAGUGUGCUAGCGAAUCAUAUCAAACAUAUUUGACUCAUAAGCCGUACAGUGGGUUAAUU